AAUGGGUAACACUUAAUUAACGGAUCAAUAGAUUCUUUUAUACAAGAAUGAAACAUAAUGUAAGUAUUAUAUUAUUAUAUUAAAGUCACUCCAGCUUAGAUAAGAAGAAUACAUAAGAAAUUCUAAUAACUUGAUACUAAUAACAAAGGAUUUGUAAGUGCAACAGAUUUCAUUAAAAUUAUUCAACAUCACAAAUAUAGUCCAUUAUUAAUUUAAUAAUUGAUAGGAAGGAAAUAACAAGAAAUAGAUUUCAUUUAAUUAGUUAGAUUAUUAAAUGCCAUUUAAUUUGGUGAUAAAAAUACAUUAUUGACAAGAAUUAUGGAUUAAGAUAGAGAUGGACUAAUUGGUACAGAAGACAUUUAAAAAACAAUAACAGUAUUGAAUCCUAGUUGUUUCAAGAAUUCUUAUGAAUUAGCUCAAUAAGUAGUUAAUGACAAUGAAAAAUUAACCUAUAAUAAAAUGAUUAAGUUAUUGAUUGAUGACUGA